GUGCAGAGUGUUCUCCCCUGAGAGUUUUGAGUCUACAGCGAAGGUUGAUCAUGUUGCGCCCGGGAAUCCCGUCAGCCCAACCGCCAAAACUUUAACCAGUAAGAAGUGGUUUGAUAAGAAAUCUGAGCCGAUUUGAACUCGGUGGAAUACUCGGACUGAUGACCGACAUAUCUCAGUAAGAUGUAAGCCACUGAUAAAACAUAGCCAGGUCUUGUUGCAAACUUUCUUUCGUGAAACAGAUCGAAGUGAACGUUGGUGUGAACACGGCGAAAAUGGCCACUGCAUCUGCAAGCCGACUGCGAAUAGUGGCUUCGAAAUCGGGACAGUUGAAGCCCAACAGCUUCACCAAAGGAAACAGAAAGAUGUCAUCUAUCACAGCACCACCAGAAUGCUUGAAGAAACGUUUGAAUUUCCCCUUGAAGCAUCUUUUGGGACCAGGGCCAACAAACGUUUCCCCUCGGGUCCUGGCAGCCAAUGCUUUGCCACUUCUUGGGCAUAUGCACACGGAUUUCUUUGAGAUUCUUGAUGAAACAAAAGCCGGAAUUCAGUAUGUUUUCCAGACCAAGAAUGAAUGGACGUAUGCCAUAUCUGCUGCAGGUCAUGGUGCUAUGGAAGCCGCAUGUUGUAAUCUAUUAGAACCUGGGGAGGUGGCGCUUGUAGGUAUUAAUGGGCUCUGGGGGCAAAGGUUUGCAGAAAUGGCAGACAGAAAUGGUUGUGUGGUUCAAAGAAUGACCAAACCUCAGGGACAUGUGUUUAGUAUGGAUGAAAUAGAACAGGGCUUGAAGGAGCACAAGCCAGCGGCGUUGUUUCUGACCCAGGGGGAAUCAUCAGGGUCCACCUGUCACCCUUUGGAGGGGGUUGGGGAGUUGUGUCACAAACAUAACUGCCUGUUGGUGGUAGACUCAGUCGCAGCCUUGGGUGGAGUCCCUCUCUUCAUGGAUGCUUGGGGUAUUGACUGUCUCUACUCCGGGGCGCAGAAAGUUCUCAGCUCACCCCCUGGGGCUAGUCCAAUCUCCUACAGUGAAAGAGCCAGACAAAAGGUUCUCAACAGAAAAACAAAGCCAAGGUCAUAUUAUUUUGAUGCUAUGGAAUUAGCCAAUUAUUGGGGCUGUGAUGACAAACCAAGGAGAUACCACCACACUGCACCCAUCAGUACAAUAUUUGCUAUCCGAGAAGGCCUGGCCAGAGUAGCUGAGGAGGGAUUAGAAAACAUGUGGGCCAAACAAAGGGAAGUAACUCAGGUGUUGUAUGACGGACUGGAGAGGCUAGGACUGGAGCUGCUGGUCAAAGAUAAGUCAAUUCAGUUGCCAACAGUGACAGGUAUUAAAGUCCCAGAUGAUGUAAACUGGAAAGUUGUGUCUGACUUUGCCAUGAAAGAGUACAAUACUGAGAUUGCUGGUGGUUUAGGUGAUCUGGCAGGAAAAAUCUGGAGGGUGGGACUGAUGGGAUAUAACUGUACCCCAGAUAAUGCAAGGCUGGCCCUGAGAGCCUUGGAGGAGGGACUACAACAUGCCAGAGCUCAGAAAUGAAGCAUCGAAACUAACUGGUGCGAAGGUCAAGGUCAGCCUGUUUAUCAUCCGAAGACGGAUGCACAUGUACUGAAAUGUGAUUCCAACAGUCAUUCAGCAUUUUACUUGUACAUUUACAAGAUGGGAAAAUCUGUACAUCUGCAGAAAAUUUGAGAGGCUUCAUGUCAAUGCACAUGUAGCGCAGAGACUCCACAGAAGAUCUCCAUUACCAGAACAUAUGUAUUGCUUGCUGAGAAAAAUUUUGGGCUAAACUAGCGGAAGAUGUUCUUAUUUUUGGUACCAGCAUCCUCAUUAACAUGAUGGGUGGUAAAGCAUUUUGAAAUUACGUGUAGGUAUGAGUGUCAGAUGUUGUUUAUGUUGAAAAUGGCCCAAAAAUUCAUGCAUGGAAUUAAACAAAACAGACGAAAGCAAAAAAUCAUGCAAUCUCAAUAAAACAAAAUGUCUCAAAUGGAGCAUUUGAUGUUGACGUUUGUGAGUAUUGUACUGUAAUUCUUCAAACUUUUCACAUGUAUGGAGAGUGUUGAAGCAUAUUCUGAUGACAUUAGUCUGUGUGGACUGAUGAAAUUAUACUUGUUUUGAAGCCCUGAAAUUGGCCAAUACAUCCAAUUUAGUUUUGUCUCCAAAAUCGUACUAAAAAUGUACAUAAGCCGCACUGAAAUUUGCUCCUUUUAGGUUAUACUGUUUGGAUUAUGUCACCAAGGUUCACCAUAGUUCUUUCAAUCAACUGAUGAUUGUCCUACUUUACUUCUGUCAUUGUGUGCUGUGUCAUUACAGUACGUAAGUACAGUUGUUAGAGUGUGAAAAAUUAAUCGUGUGUUUAAGUUUAAAUGAUGUGUAUAUGUUGAGACAUUAUCAGAUCAAUGGGCUAUGUAAACUUUUUGAUAACUAUAGUUAUUGCAAAUCCCUAAUUGAUUCAAAUGUAUAAUUUAAUUACUUUUAAAAUUUAUGAAGUGUAAGAAAAUAUUGAUAAAUUAUGCAAAGACCAGUGCUGAUUGGAAACAUAAGUCAUUAGUACAAGCCCCAAAAGAGGGUCAGAGUAACAAGUAUACUAUUACUUAAAAAGUAAAAACUAACAUUUCUUCAAUGCAACAGAAACAAAUGUGAAAUUUAAUAAAAAUUGAAAUUGCAUGCCAAACUGAAGGGUUUCUGCACUUGUUCAAAUAUUGCUUUGUGAUACCUACCCCAGUAUUUUCACAUACCUUUGGAACAUGUUUCAACAUUUUAUCUUAUAAUGAAUGUAUCCCCAUGCAUGCAUAUACAGUCUACACUUAAGUGUAUUUUCGUUAAUAACGUUGUUGUUGUAAACCUCUGUCUUUAUGUACAUGUAUGUGUACCUGUUUGAAGGUAAACUGUGUGUGUCUAAACAUGUGGCAACAUACAAGUGCAAAUCGUAUAUAUCACCUUCUGUGUCAAAGGGCAUCACAUUAACCAAAGGUCAAUAUGUCAUCAGGCAUACUAUAAAUGUAUAAGGCAGAAAAUAUAUUUUUCGCCAUGAACACACCAAAAAAAAUUGAACAGUACUUUAAUAAAGAUGAUAUGGAAAUCAUGUGUUGGUUGCUAUAUCUAAGUUUUAUAUGAUCUAUAAACAUGUAUGUUGUUAAUAAAUGAAGCCUGUGUAAUGUGGUGUCAAAAUGAACAUUUUUUUUUUACAUCUCUGUUACAGUAGUUACUUUGAUUGAAUUUACACAACAAAUGAAAAUUGUGGCUGUCUUUUUGACCAAUGAUUUUACAUUCUUCAUGAUUUUGGAAUGUUUUUGACUUUGACCAGUGUCAAAGUGUAAUUUUUAUUAAUGUGUCCUGCUCAAUUUGUUAAUUACUUCACAGAGUUCACCAAGAUUUACAUUUGCUUACAGUGUAAGCUCAUCUUCUGAUUGGAAAGGUUUACUUUUAAUUUUUCCAAAUGUAUAUGUACAUGUACAAAGUACAUGUAGGCCUUCAUGUUUUCAGAUUGUUGACAUAUCAUUGUAAUGUUGUGAUUACAAACUUUUGCAAGGUUAAUGAAGUGCAGGAUUAUCAGCAUAUGGAAUGCAAGUGUGAUGGCAAAGUUAAUUCUGCUUAAUUUGUCAUAACUGUUAAUAGUCAUACAUGUAUGUAUGCGUGUCAAAUGUCUUUAUAUCUUACAGGUUUUAUUAAUAAAAUGUCACCUUCUAAGAGAGCACUUUGAGCUA